AUGCCUCACUCCGGAGGCCUCGACGGCCCUCUUCCAACCUUCCUUUCCAACAACGCAUUCCAUACCCGUUCGGCUUACGAUUCCAAGGUUCCAGAUGUUAAAACUGCAGAAGUACUCUCCUCCACAGUAGAAGAGAAAGCAAGAUCAUCUGCUUCACAACGAUGUAUCGAUCAAGCUAGACCAUUGAAGGUCAUAUACAUCGGCGCCGGCAUCUCAGGUAUCUGCGGUGCUGUGGAAUUCCGCAAGCAGGUACCUGAUAUAGACCUGAUCAUUUAUGAGAAGAACCCAGACCUUGGCGGGACUUGGUAUGAGAAUAGAUAUCCAGGUUGCGCAUGUGAUGUCCCAGCGCACGCUUACCAAUUGACUUACGAGUCUUCCCCCAGGUGGAGUUCUUUCUUUGCCUCAGCGCCCGAGAUUCUUCAGUAUUGGAAAGACGUGGCUACGAAAUAUGAUGUCAGGAAACAUAUGCGCUUCCAGCAGAAGUGUAUUGGAGCACGGUGGGAUGAAGCCACGAAUAAGUGGCAUGUUCAGCUCAAAGACUUGAAUACGGGCGUGGAAUACCAAGAUUCCUCCGACGUUCUCGUUACUGGCGAGGGAGUCCUCAAUGAGUGGAAGUGGCCCGAUAUCGAGGGCAUUCAGUCUUUCAAGGGAAGUCUUCUCCAUAGUGCCAACUGGGAUCCUCAAAUUGAUCUUAAGGACAAAUCUGUCGCUGUUAUCGGAUCAGGAAGUAGCGGUCUUCAAAUCGUUCCCGCAAUACUCCCCGAAGUAAAACACAUGGACCACUACAUCCGCGGCCGCUCUUGGAUCGUCGGCCUCUUUGGCGACACAGAAACCCGUCAACGAAUCCACGACGCAGGCGGUAACUUCAACUACACUCCCGACGAGAUAAAAAAAUGGGAGACGGAUCGUGAAGCAUACUUGGAGUAUAGACGAGCCAUUGAGUACACCAUCAACAAGAACUUUGGCGUACUUUUCCAUGGAUCCAAGGAACAGACUAACCUUCGCCAAAUUGCUCAAGAUUCGAUGAUGCAGAGACUAAAAGAGAAGCCUGAGAUUUAUGAUCACCUUUUGCCGGAGUUUUCGCCUUAUUGUAAGCGCAUGUCUCCUGGACCUGGCUACUUGGAGGCGUUGGCAUCGCCCAAGGUGGACACUAUCACCUGCGGUAUCUCCAAGAUCAAUGAAACCGGCGUCAUAACCACAGACGGAGAGUAUCACCCAGUCGACGCCAUCAUCUGCGCAACAGGCUUCCAAACCUCCCCCGCAAACCGAAGCUUCCCCAUCUACGGCGUCGACGGUAUCAACCUCCGCGAACGCUUCCAAAAGCGCCCAGAAACAUACCUCAGUGUCUGCACCGACGGCUUCCCCAAUUUCUUCCAAUCCAUGGGUCCCAAUUCCAUGCCCGGCGCGGGCAGUCUUCUCCUCACCAUCGAAAAAACAAAUGUCUACAUCAGCAAGAUCCUCGCACGAAUGGCCUACGAUAACAUAUCACGUAUAGAACCCAAGCACAAUAUGGUACAAGCUUUCACAAAUUAUUGCGAUGAGUUCUUCAAGCAGACUGUUUUUUCAGAGGAGUGCAAUUCUUGGUAUAAGACUUAUGAAGCUGGCGCUUCGCGUGAGGAGCAGAAACGUGGACGUAUUACGGCAUUGUGGCCAGGGAGUAGCCUGCAUUGCAUUCGGACGUUGAGUAACCCUAGGUGGGAGGACUUUGAGUACAAGUAUUGUGAUGAUGAUGAGUUUGGGUGGUUUGGGAAUGGGUGGACUUUGGCGGAGAAGUAUGUUACUAAGGAGGUUGAGUCUUUGACUUGGUAUCUUGAUGAUACUAAGAUCAUGGAGAAGGUAGCGGGAAUGGAGACUUAA